UCACAAAGAAAAAUGAAGAACCAUACAAGACAGAUAGAGUUUACCCUUCUUGGACUAACAAAUAAUUCUCAGCUACAGAUUGUAAUUUUUUUGUGUCUUUUGCUAAAUUACUUGCUGAGUAUGCUAGGAAAUUUAACUAUCAUUGCCCUCACACUGUUAGAUCCCCACCUCAAGACACCAAUGUAUUUUUUCCUCCGUAAUUUUUCUUUAUUGGAAGUUUUGUUCACAACUACCUGCAUUCCCAGAUUCUUAAUAACCAUUGUAACCAAGGAAAAGACAAUUUCCUACAAUGAUUGUAUAUGUCAAUUGUUCUUUUACAUAUUCUUGGGGGCCACAGAGUUUUUCCUCUUGGCUACCAUGUCCUACGACCGCUAUAUUGCCAUCUGCAAGCCUUUGCACUAUACAUCCAUCAUGAGCAGCAAAGUUUGCCAUCAGUUUGUCCUGGGUUCUUGGAUAACUGGAUUCUUAGUGAUUUUCCCACCACUGAUUAUUGGCCUUGACUUGGAUUUUUGUGCAUCAAAGGUCAUUGACCAUUUCCUUUGCGACGUUUCUCCUGUCCUACAACUUUCUUGCUCAGACACACAUGUUCUAGAACUAACUUCCUUCGUCUUAGCUCUCAUGACACUCAUUGUCACGUUAGCAGUAGUAAUCCUUUCUUAUGCUCACAUUGUCAAGACGAUUAUCAAAUUCCCUUCAGCUCAGCAAAAGAAAAAGGCUUUUUCCACUUGCUCUUCUCACAUGCUUGUUGUUUCCCUCACUUAUGGAAGUUGCAUAUUUAUCUACAUAAAGCCAUCAGCAAACGAAAGAGUUAGUUUGAGCAAAGGAAUAGCUGUACUCAACACUUCAGUGUCCCCUUUGUUAAACCCAUUCAUCUAUACGCUGAGGAAUAAGCAAGUUAAACAAGCCUUUGCAGCAGUACUUAGAAGAAUAUCUUCUGCUUCACAAAGGAAUAGCGUUUAA